AUGUGUUCAGUCACAGCCGUUCAGGAAGAGGUUGACCUCGCGUUCAGGCUUCUUUCAGACUUGGGCGCCAGGGAGGCGAAAUCUCUCGUAAUCCUCAACGAGCACGGAAGAGUCUGGGGCAUUUUUGGGAAAAAGCAGCAGCUGAAGGGCAACAUCCCGCUUGAGCUUUGUAAUCUCACUGCUCUGCAAUUCCUGGAUCUCAGUGGAAAUCAGCUGACUGGGGCGAUUCCUACUGAGAUCGGCAAGCUAGUAGAGCUUCUGUACCUUGACCUUGACGGCAACCAGCUUACCGGGCAGAUUCCGCAGGAGGUCGGCAAGCUGAUCCACCUCGCCACGCUGCUGCUGAGUCACAACAAGCUCACUGGGCCAAUCCCGAGAACCAUCGGCCGACUCGCUGAGCUGCAGAUGCUAAAGCUUCAAGCUAACAGCCUGUCUGGACCGAUUCCGGGCGAGAUCGGAGGCCUGACAAGCUUAGCUUUCUUCCUCGCGUCUGACAACCAGCUCACCGGGUGGAUCCCGUCUGAAGUUGGGAAUUUAUCCAGCCUCAGCGCUCUUGAUCUCGCCAGGAACAGGCUCAGUGGCCCGAUCCCGGCGACAAUUGGCCGCCUCAAUCGCUUGCAGUCCUUGCUUCUUUUUGAGAACCAGCUCACCGGCCAGAUCCCCCAAGAAAUUGGUGAGCAGCUUCCGCGCCUUAGAAUACUCCUGCUUCACAGGAACUUUUUGGAGGGCGAGUUGCCUGAGCGCUGGAGGAAUGCGGAAGGAAUGGCCGCGUUGACCCUGCACAAGAACCGGUUCCGGGGAUCGCUGCCCAGCAGCCUGGAGAACAUGACGAAGAUGUUGUGGCUCACAGUGCACGGUAACUAUUUCUCUGGGACUGUACCCCGACUCAGCCUGCCCGACGGCGCGAAGGCCACGCUGCACGGGAACCGCCUCAGCUGCCAAUUGCCGGAACGCCUGGAAAUGUACGGGCGGCCGGUGCAGGCCACGGUGGUGAUGGGCAACAUGGUUGGUCUAGGGGGCCCCAUCGCUGCAAACUGGGUCAGCCCAGCGGAAUUGCAGGACUUCUUGUAUGUAUCAAGCAAGAUCUGGUGGGGAAACAUGCUUGUAUUGGCAGGCUUGCCAGUGGCAAUCCUGGGGACUGGGGUCAUCUACUUCUACUGCCAAUCUUGGCAAACCAGCGCUCGAAGUACACAGGUGACCGCUCUGAACAUCCACGGGUCGUUUCUGCAGAGCCUGCGGCUCUCGCUGUGGAUUGCGGCCAUCUGUGCACUGCUGUUGCCGACGUACCUCCAUGGAGCACGGUACUACGAGUGCGGUCAGCCGCUGGCGCGGAGCACAGCGGCCUACUUGGAUGAGUCUCCUGUAGCGGAGCUUUUCGUGAUUUUGGUCUGGAGCCUUGCCGCUCUGUUCUUCUCUGCAGCGAUCCCCGCACUUCCCAAGCCAGGUGAAGACGUUGGAGAGCCGCCAGAAGGGUCAUCGCAGCUCAGACGCAAGCUUGCGUGGCUUUUCUGGAUCGUACCAGUCACGAUGAUCUCACUGCCAUCCAUCCUGUAUUCUGUGGCACAGGCCCUUCCGAAGGACAACACCCUGGUGGCAGACUCCAUCCUCAAGAUCGCGCACCGCGCGGCCCCUGCACUGAUCGUUUUCAGCGACGAGGUGCUCGCAGCCCGGCUCUCCCUCAAGUAUGCAGGUUUGUCUGGGAUCAAGGCGGACAGACUUCUCAUGGCGCUGAGGUUGUGUGCAGCGUGGCUCCUCCCGCUGCUCGCGGCAGUCGCUCUGCAAGAAAACUGCUUGGCAGGGUGGAAACUGUGGUGGCCAGCCUGCGAUGCAGAAUCUGAGAUGCAUGCAGCCUUCAAUUGGCAUCUACCAGUAGCAGACAUAUCGACUUCGAUCCUGAAUACCACGACAGACAUGUGCAGCGCAGAUUCUGAGAACUUUUGGGAAGGCCGUUGCAGCAGGUCUGUUAUCGAAGGUCUAUCGCCUCUCAUCCUCCAAAAGCUGUUGAUUCGGAUUGCUGCACAGCCCUUUGCGAUGGUUUUGGCUUGGCGAGCAUCCAAGCUGGAGGACGAGCGGCCCCCGGACGAAGCUGGCCGACAUCUUCGGUUGCUCGGCUGGGGCCCCAAGACCAGUAGAUCCCUGGACUCGAUGCAGCAGCAUGCCUAUUUCACCACCCUACUGGAAACAGCCAUCAUUUGGGGUCCGCUGGUUCCAUUGGUCAGCUUUAGUGUGGUGGCUGCGUUCUUAAGCAAUGCGAUGCUCUUUGAGAUAGGCCUCAGCUUUGGCGUCCGGCUGCCCACGAAUGCAGCCAACAGAGGGGCUGCACUGUCGCACUCCUAUUUGCGAUUUGCAUUGGCCACUAGCUGUGCUUUCCAGCUUUGGCACGCCUUCGGCACCUCCAUGGCUGGGCGCACGAUGCUGCUGCUUAGCACCACGCUGACUGCCGCUGUCAGCACUCUGGGUUUUUCCGAGCGCUUGCUGCAGAAAACGGCUCGUCGGCCGCCUGGGAGGGGGUCAGAGGGGCUGGAGAUGACCGAGAUGGAAGAGGCCCAUGCUGAAUUCCCGCCUUCUUUGGGCAUCUUUUUGCAGAGCUCUCCAGUUCCAGGAUUGGGUUUCACAUGA